AAACUUGCCUGAAACUUGAACCACAAGACUUUAUCAGCGCCGUGCGACCAUCGCUACUAUUCAUUGAGCUGUGCUCGCACUGCUAACUCUCUGACACUUCCGUGGAACUGCCAGACCAUCCCGACUUGCACACAGCCUUAUUGAAAUGUCUACAUUACCAUAUGCAGCUGAUGCGGAAAGUCCGUUGAAGCCUGAAGAGCUCCAAGUACUGCGUGCGCAAUAUGAAAAGGAAGGUGAUUAUGUGGGAAUCCAAACAAAGUUCAACUACGCCUGGGGUCUCAUCAAAUCCAGCAGUCGACCAGAUCAACAAGAAGGCGUGCGACUACUCUCCGAUAUCUUUCGUAAUUCCCCUGAACGAAGACGCGAGUGUCUGUACUAUCUCGCCUUGGGAAACUACAAGUUGGGAAAUUAUGCGGAGGCGCGGAGAUACAACGAUCUACUCAUAGAUCUAGAGCCGGCAAACUUGCAGGCAGGCAGUCUGAAGGGUCUGAUUGAUGACAAGGUUGCGAAGGAGGGCCUCGUCGGGGCGGCUAUAGUUGGAGGCCUAGCAGUGGCAGCGGGCAUAGUUGGAAGCAUGCUGUUCAAGAGCGCAAGAAGAAGGUGAAAUAUGAUAUGUCCUGUUGGACACCCUGGCAUCACAGUUCAGAGGGAGGCGCUUGGAAUAAUGAUCUAUGCCAACACUUGUACAAAUCGCAUGCAGCACAUAACUUUUGUUUCGCAUGCAUGAACCGCAAUGCAGCACAUACUAUGUAAAAACUCAUUACUACCCAUCGAUGUAUGUGACCCCUUAAUCGCUGAU